CAGCUGACUUUUUGUUUAUUAGACCAGCAUGGAGCAACCGGAAAAGCAGGAACAGGUGGAAAUGGAUCAGGAGCCAACAGAGCUUAUCCUAAGCAACUGUCCUGGCACCACACCCGCCACACCGCUAAGUAAAAACCAAUUGAAGAAACAAAAGAAACUGGUCGAAUAUGCGGCGCUUCGGAAAUUACGGCGCCAAAAGGAACGUAAUCAAAAGAAGCUAAAGCGCCAAGAGGCUAAAGCCUUGGGUUUGCCUCGCAUUGGACCCAGUCGCAAAGAACUGAAACGUCGGAACAAACAAGAAGAGGAGGAAUCUGAAGGAAAGCAGUCGCCUAAAUUUCAGGUGGCCAUCGAUUUGGAUUAUGACGAACAGAUGCAAGAACGUGAUAUAGCUAAAUGUGUAAAACAAUGCCUUAGGAUUUACACCAUAAAUCGACGUAGUGCUCAACCAGGACGCUUACAUUUCACAGGCAUCAAGAGUAAUGGCCAGAUCCACAAGUGUUUUCAGCGAAAUGAUGGAUGGGAGAAUUGGCAGGUGGCUUAUCAUUUCGAUUGCACCCAUUUGGAUGCAUUCGAGAAAGACAAAAUGAUCUAUCUAACCUGCGAAUCGGAUACAGUGUUGGAUCAAUUGAAUCCGGAAUAUAUCUAUGUGAUCGGUGGCCUGGUCGAUCAUAAUCAUUUCAAGGGUUUGUGUCACAAACGAGCCAUCGAGGCUGGUCUUAAAACUGCCCGUUUGCCCCUAAGCGAGCAUGUGGAUAUGAAGACGCGAUCCGUGUUGAGUACCUAUCAUGUGUUUGAACUGCUAUCCCGUGUAUUAUCGGGUGAGGGUUGGACCGAAGCAAUAUUGGCCACCAUUCCCAUGCGCAAAGGUGCCAAGGCUAAAUCAGUCAGCAAUAACGAAUCCCAUGAAGAUAAUGCUCAACAGACAAAGGAAGACGAAGAGGAUGAGGCACAGGAUGCAGAGCAAAAUGAUGAGGAGCUAGAUGACAAGAAAGAGGAGGAGGAAAGGCCAUCCACUUUAUAGUGCCCAGACAUUAUUCAUAUUUCUUCCUUUUUUAUUAUUAUUUCUUUUCCUUUUUCUCCUCGCGUUCGCAUUUCAUAAAUCACAUUUAGUUUUCUUUUGCAAAUUAAAUGAUAACUUAAAAUAUAGUUAUAUAAAGCAAAUUAAAAAAAAAAAACAAUAUAAUAUUUAUCAUAGAGGAUUUCUUGUUCCCCGGAUUAUUGGCUUCGCUUCUCUCAACGUGCUUUAUAUUUAGUUUCUUUUGCCAUUUUUCAUAUUUAUUAUAAUUAUUCUUCCUUAUUUUUUUUUGUUUUUGUGCACGUUUUCUUUUAUGGCAAUUUUGGUGUAGUUAUGAUUUGGGUUCGGAUUAAGUAGCUCUCGAUACUAUAUAUAUAUAUAUAUAUAUAUAUAUUGU